CACGCCGGAAGACCGAGACAUGCUCCCAUGCACUGCGGCGGUGGCCAUUUUUAAGUAGUUAGUAAGUGGCAUCUCCACGCAAGCUCGCGUCGCCAACCCGCUCGCUCCACGCGCCAUCCUCUCCUCCGGAUCCUCGAAUGUCGAUGAGCAAGCUCGCCCGCGGGUGGGCCGACCUCCCGCGCGACCUGCUCGAGUCCGUGCUCGCCCGCCUCCCCGUGCCGGACCUCGUCCGCUUCCCCGCCGUCUGCACCGCCUGGCAGUCGGUCCACGCAGCUGCCGCCGCGCGGCUUCGGCAGGCCACGCCGUCGUCCCCGUGGCUCAUGCUCCCCUUCAAUCCGACCGCACGGGCCGGCGGCGUCGCCAAACUCUCGGUGGCACGGUUCCUGAGCCUGGCGGAGGGCCGGGUGUACGUGAUCCGCCAGCCGGCGCCGGCCGCCCGCGACCGCCUCUGCGUCGGCUCGUCGGCCGACGGAUGGCUCGUCACCGCCGACGCCCGCUCGGAGCUAAGCCUCCUGAACCCGAUCACGGGCGCGCAGCUCCGCCUCCCGCCCGCCGCCACGCUCCCGUUCGUCGACGCCCGCCGCGGCGCGGACGGCCGCGUCGAGAGCUACGGUCUGCGGUCCUGCUUCGCCGACGGCGGAGGCUGCGGCGAGGAGGCGCUGGUCCCGACGGAGACGCUAGGGCCCGACAGGCUCCGGUACGAGGUAUACGAGAAGGCCAUCGUCGUGUCGGCGCCGCGAAGGGUGCCCCCUUGCUCGUGCUGGGUCGGAUACGCCGUGCUGCUCAUCUGCCAGCCCCUGGGCCGCCUCGCCGUCGCGCGGGCCGGGGACGCGGAGUGGGCGCUGCUCGACGACGCUGACGCGCCCGCCCGCUGCUGGGUCGACGCCGUGCGCGCGUCGUUCUCCGGCGCGGACGGGAGCCGGCGUGACCAUCAGCCGGUGUACACGGUGGACGCCGCGGGGCGCGUCGACGCGUGGGACACGGACGCUGCCACGACGCCCAGCAGAGCGGUCGCGCCGCCGUGCGGCUGCUCGGCCCGCUCCUGCGCCAUGUCAGCCGCGUGCCGCAAGUACCUCGUGGAGCUCUCGCCAGGGCGGCUGCUGCAGGUGCACCGCCUCCGCGAGACGGCGCACGCGCGAUACGCGUGGGAGCCCCGACCGGAGCACAUGGAGUACACCACCACCGGCGUCGAGCUCUUCGAGUGGACGGCCGCCACCGGCCUGUGGGCGCGGGCGGACGGUCGGGUGCUGGGCGGGCGCGCGCUGUACCUCGGGAAGAGCGCGUCGCUGUGCGUCCCCGUGGACGUGGACGACGCCGGGUGGUGUCCCGGGGUGAGGGGUGGCUGCGUCUACUUCACCGACGACGGGCCGUGGUCGCACGAUCGGUGCCACGAGGUGACGCCGGACGUGGGCGUGCUGGACCUCGACGACGGGAGCUACAGGCCGCCGCGCGGCGCCGCGAGGGACCUGCUCUGGAAGUGGCCACCCCCGGUUUGGGUGUUCCCUUCGCUCGCCGGCUGACUGAUCCGCCUGCCUCUGAAUCUUGGAAGCUUCCGCGACGAAUCCGUGUGUAGAUGUAGAGAUGUUGUUCACUUCUCAGAAAACCGCGGCUCAACUUGUCGUUGACCUUCAGCAACCAGUGUGCACUAGGGUUGAAUAAUAAGAACACGUGUAAGUUGUAGUAACUUGUAACGAGGUCAAUCUCAUCGUUGACCUCUUGAAACGACCAACGACACGCGGUUGUUCGUGGUCUUGUGG